UAUCCGAGAGGUUUGAAGCCUCCUGUAAUCGAAUUAACGAUUCCUCGUCGCCAUACAUGAGCUCAGUGGGAAGGGGAGAAGGUUUCCUCACCGCGACAACAACUAUUGUGUUUUAAAACGUUUCUUUUCUAUGAAUUUUACCCCCAAAAUGUGGAAGAGAAAACACAAAAUGUCGCCACAUUUUCAGCAGGGCAGCGGAGCGGCUGUGGGUUGACUCUCCACGGCUCUCAUGGGCGGUAUAAGUCCCGCCUCGCGCGCGAGCGGGAACACUGCAGACUGUAACGCGACAGAGAAACAGAAACAUGGCGGAAGAAGCUCCAGCGGUUCCCGCGGUUAAAGCCCCGGCCAAAGCCCCCAAGAAGAAGGGAGCUCCGCGGGCUAAGAGCGACGGGCCCUCCCUCCCGAAGCUCAUCCUCGACGCCGUGACCGAGGCCAAGGACCGUAAAGGCACGUCGCUUCCGGCCAUCAAAAAGACGCUGGCCACCAAGGGCAUCGACCUGGAAAAGGCCAACAAGCGCAUCAACACCGCGGUGAAGAAGCUGGUGACCGACGGAAAGCUGGUCCAGAACAAAGGGAUCGGCGCUUCCGGGUCCUUCAAGCUCCCCAAGGCUGAACCUAAAGUUGCCAAAACGGGCAAGAAAACUCCCGUGAAAGUGAAGAAACCUGCUGCCAAGUCCCCGCAGAAGAAAACAGCCGCUAAGAAAACCGCAGUGAAGAAAACGGCCGCCAAGAAAACCGCAGUGAAGAAGACGGUUGCUAAGAAACCCGUCGCUAAGCAACCAGCAGCUAAGAAGUCUCCUGUGAAGAAAGCGGCCAAGAAGCCAGCAGUGAAGUCCACUCCCAAGAAGGCUGCUCCUAAAAAGGUCGCGAAGAAGAAUACCCCGGUGAAGAAAGCUGCAGCGAAGAAGUCCAAGAAGUGAAGCGGCUCUUCAACCUGCCCUCGGUCCCC